AUGGGAAUCGCCAGACGAGACUACGGAGCCGAGUCUUUCUUCCAGAUCUAUAUCUACGCUGAUGCGAAGAACACUUCGAGGAAUACAUUGUCGAUCAAGCUUCUCUAUCGCUUGGGCAGAGGAGCAAGAGACUACUAUCUCAACAGCACCAUGUUUGCGAACCAUAUGGUGGCAUACAAGAAGUAUUUCUUCGAGAUUGUUAAAAUACUUCAAGAGGAUGCCAACGUGCAUCAUGACCAGGCGUCCGUUGAAGCCAACAUCGAUGCGGUGAUUGCUUUCGAGAAGAAAUUGGCU